CUCUCUCUCUUUCGCUGUGUAAGUAUAGCUGUGUGCUUUAUUGCGCGCGCAAGAGAGCCUUUAGUACUUAGUACGUACGACAGAGCCACCCACACCGCCGCUACGUACGCUGCUGGCUUGUGUGUGUGCGUGUGUGUGUGUGUGUGUGAUGCGCAAGUAGUAACGUUACUGUUACGAUGGACUCGGGGCGCCGCGGCGACGUUUUCUUUGGUUUAAUACGAUCGUACGUGCGUGAAUUAGGUGGAAGCUUUCCGCGAAGAUAAAUUUUCAGACGGCCGGCGCUUUAUCGCUGCGUGUAACCUUGAAAAAUCGACGAAACGUGUGUUUUUAUUCGUCUUCUUUCGAUCUAGAUAUUAUCACGCUCACCUACUUUUAGACUCGCGCGAGGCUUAUCUGACGAUGCGGCCAGUGUUCCUCUAUGUGUUAAUUUGAAUCGGGCGCAUCAGCUGCUCAGCUCUUGCGCGCGCACAGUUUGUUUACACAUCGCCGCAUAGGUUAUGCUUUUUCCGAUUCCCGUUUUCUUAUUCUUCGAUAAACCACGACGGCAUAACUCCCGCGGCGAAGGCUAUACGCGCUACUGGCGCGAUAAGCUGCUGCUGAUAACGCCGGCGACUAUAUAUUGGGAGAGUGGAGGGGAGCAUUGUAUGUGUAUUGUACGGCCUAUACGCAUGCGGGGCUAUUGAAAAAUGAGAAUAACAAAACGCCUGCGAGAUGUGACUUUAUGCUACUAGCGCUGCUGGAGCGUAAUUAAGCAUCUUGUUUGCGCCUGUGAAUGUGUUCGCAGCGAUAUUUUCGCGUAUUUGGUCGAUGAAAAAUUCAAAGCGGUUUAUAAAUCGUGUCCGAGAAAAAAAAACUCUGUGGAUCGACUUUUUCAGAAUGAACAAAGCAAAAGCGCGCGGAUGUCACUUUUGAAAAAAUGGCGUAAAUAAAGUAUAGUAAUUGCGAUUUUGCUUUGAUUGGGUAUAUUGUCUGCGAGUAAAAGGAUUAUCGUCCAAGAUCGAUGUCUGACUUGUGAUGGGCGUAACUACUUGUGCAGGAUCUCUCCAAUACGAAUCAGCCAUGAUGUAUCUGAUUUCGAUGUCUUGCCAAUCUUGGGUGCGAUCUACUUACCAGUAGGUAAUUUUGAGACCGGUCAGACGCGAUCGCGUUAAUCGAUAGCAUACAUCCAUUAUAUUAUAAUUUUUAUGUAAUUAUGUAAUUGAAUAAAUAUACAAUUACAUAAUUACAUUAUUCCUCGAUCGUUAUUCAUUACUAUACAUAUAAGUAUACUUUUUUUGAGGAUCGACUUCAUAAAAGCUCUGAAAAACACAUAUAUAACGAGUUGAUGAUGCACAUUCUAUAAUCUUUUUGCGGAAAGCGAGAUGUACAGAUGCAUAUAAGUAUACCUAUAAUGUUGUACACACGCUUUGAGAAACCAGUUCACCGCAAGUCAUAGCUAGCAGUAGACGUUGCAUGGAGCAGACGAAAAGACGUGCGCUGCCACGGCGAUUAUGCAACACACGCGGGACGACCGGUGGCUUACGACGCGACGCGCGCGUUUUCUACUUCAUCAGGAGUUUAUUACGAAAUAAUUUUUAAACGUUGUAUGCACUCGUGUGUGUGUGUGUGUGUGUGUGCGUUGCAUCGAAACGCCUAUGCGGCUGCAAUAUUUUGCAAUAAUCUGAAAUUUCUCGAAAUUUCAAUGGGUCGACGUCCUUUUGGAAUUAAUAUGCAAAUAUGAGUAAUACGCAAGUAAUAGUAGCAGAUGCAAUGCAUGGAUAUGUCUCGGUCGAUCAAAGAUAAUAAGGGAUUGUUGUCAUGCAGCUAUUGACAUUUUUAAGAUUUCAGAUCUUGAUUAUCUUUUAUUUUUAGUGUGAAUUUUGUUAUUAUUCGAUAUAAAUAUUCUCUGAUGAAUCGAUAUCUUACAUGAUAUUUUCAAGUAUUGCUUACAUUGGUAGAUCGAGUUGAAAUUUGAGACGAAUAAUUAAUACAAAAAAUAUUUCAUCCAAGUAUUAUACCAUCGGCUGUUCCUGCACUAGGAGUAAUAUACAUGAAGCGCGGUGUGUUGGUUUAUGUUGUCUGCUCUCGAAUUUAGGUUAUAUCCGAGCUAUAUAUACAUAUAUCCUUGUAUAUGUAGAAGAAUACAUUAUGCGUGAAGAGAUGUUGCUUGCUGUUGUGUUUACUCGUUACGUUGUAAUAGGUUUUUAAAUCAAAUAUUUUACAAGAUCAUUUAUGCUUUGACAAUUAUGACGACAUUGUUUCGUUUGUUAAAAUUCGUUCGGUGCCUUAAUGCCUCUUCACCCAAAACAAGUAGGUUAACUGCAGUCAAUUUUGAAAAUCUCUCUGUGGAUUCGCUAUUGAAUCCUCAAGCAGAAUUUUUAACAAAUGGGUAUAAAAAUUAUGUAUCUGCUGCUGAUGCACAGCCAAAGAUCAGUAAUCAAGAUAUCGAUAUCGAUCAAAAGAUGAUGAUGUUAAAUAAAGAAAUCAAUAUAUAUGGGAGAAUCACUAAAUUUAAUAUUAACGAUAUAUUAACAGACAUUCAAAAAACAGAAACUGUUACGAGUAUGCAAGGAUUAUUUUUGUUACGAUGUUGCACUGAAUUGAUAGCUGAUAAAUCACCAGCUUUAAGAAAAGAACUAGGAGAGGAGAUUUGGAGUACACUGAAAAAACUUGGUGUUGAGUUAGAUGUCUCUCACUACAAUGUAUUGCUUAGUAUAUAUUUGGAAAAUGAAUACGAUUUUUGCCCGCUCGAUUUUUUAGAAGAAAUGUUAAAUAAAAAUGUGAAACCCAACAAAGUAACGUUUCAAAGAUUUAUACAGCAAUUUUGUAACCAAGGAAAAGUCACAGAAGCCAACCAGCUUGUGGAGCACAUGAAAAAUUAUCAAAUUCCUAUAAAUGAAGAGGUAUUGGCUUCAUUUAUAUGGGGACAUUUAAUGAACAAUAAUAUGAAUGCUGUACAUGAGAUAUUGAAGGAUAUGGAAUUGCUUGAGAUCGUACCUACUAUUCGAAUGUACUCUACUCUGAUGUAUGCUUAUGCAACAAAAGGUGACAUGGACAGUAUUAAAAAAAUUCUUGCAGACUGCAAAGCUAAAGAUAUUUGGGUUCCAGACAAAGUACUUUUGAAAGUUAUUUAUCAUCUCAGUUUGAAUGGUUUUACUGAAUCUGUAGAUGAGAUAUUAUCAAUGACUAGUAAAGGAACCCUGUAUAUAAAGGAAGCAAAUCAAAUGAUGUAUAAACUUGUAGAAAAGAAGCAAGAAAGUGUUGCCUUUAAAAUAUUCCAAACUUUGCCAAAAAAUGCAAGGAAUCAAGCUGUUACAAGUGGAAAUUUUUUCAUAGAAACCCUUAUCAAUUUUCAAACGCCAAUAGAGAAAAGCGUUGAAUAUUGUCGAAUCAUGGCAGAAGAAGGUAUCAAUCAAAGAUCAUUUUUAUCAGCUAUAAACAAAAGCAUAGCAAAUGAUAUGCAUGACUCUAGUAUUACCUUUAUGAAAGCUUGGAAAGACUUAGGAGGUCAAGUUAGAGAACAUUAUUUUUAUCCCAUUUUUAAAGCUUAUGGGGAAACUGGACAUUGGGAAGGUAUUGAGAAAGUGCUACAAAAAAUGAUUUUGGAAUUUGACUUAUUCCCUAGUAUAUAUACAUUAAAAUCACACAUUUUACCUUACAUGCAGAGCAGUGCAGACGAUGUACUCGCAUCACUCGUAAAUGCCCAUGUAGACUAUCACAUAGCAUUGAAUGCCAUUACUUUGCAUCUAUUAUCGGAAAACAAAAUUCGAGAAGCUAGUAGAUUUUUGGCUACUUACAACAGUUCUUGCUGCAAAAUAGGAAUGAUCAAAUAUAAUUUACUUCAAGCUUUUAAAAAUACAGAAGAUGCUCCAUCAUUUGUUUCGAUAUUACAUUUAAUUUACAAGGGAGCAUUAGAUGAAAAAAAUAAUAAUGCUCAAAAUACUACAAUAGAAAAUAAAUAUUUAGCUCAACAGUUUAUUGAUUCUUGCAUUACAGAAGCAAUUGAUUUCAUAUCACCAAAUGACAAAUAUUUACUCUUAAUGUUUUUCAGAACUCUAGUAAAUAAAGGACUGAGUAUAUCACCCGAAAUUGCAACAGAGGUUGAAAAUAAAUUAAAAGACUACCUUACAAAAGAAAUCGUGAAGGCUUUGAACGUUAUGAAAUCCGGAGAGCUAGUUCCAAAACCAAUAUUAAGAGAUUUUUCCAUUCCUAGGAUAAAAAAAUAUACGGAUAUUGAAAAAUUGGAAAGAAGAGCCAAGGUAAUAACAAUCACGAAUAGCAAGGCAGCCCAGAGUCUCAAAAAGUCUUUAUUAAUUUCUUAUUGUAAAGCUUUAAAUGAGCAAAAAGUUGAGAAAAUUCUGGAGGAAAUUGAGGUGCAAAACGUAAUUUUAACGAAUUGGACCUAUGUGACGUUGAUAACCAUGUACUUGAAUUUGCAAAAAACUGACAAGGCUGAAUUCUGGCUAUGCAAAUGCAAGAAACUUAAUCCAACAUUUAAAUUUUACCAAGACAUGAACCUAAAAUUAGUGACUGCCCUAAUUGAAAAUGGCGAAAUCGAAAAAGCUCAAGAGUACUUUACAUGGCCAACGUGGCCAAGCCAAUUUAGUAUGUUAUUUGCUUGUCGUAAAUUAUUAGAUGCUGUAUCAAAACAAAAUGAUGCAGAUUUGUUGCAGAAAUUUUUUGAUUUACUCAUAAAACAUGGCUACAUCACCAAUAUGCACGAUUCGUUGUUUAGCCCCCUUAUACAAUUUCAUCUAGAUCGAAAUGAUCCAGUCACAGCACUGCAAAAAUUUGAAUUGCUGUACAGAACUUGGAAAAAAGUUCCUUGUAGAGUUGAAUUAAUGAAAGUCUUUAUAAAAAAUAGUGACAAUGAUUCACUUGAACGAGUAAAAACAAUUUGCAAAAGUAUUAUGGGUGAAACUGAAACAAACUUUUAUCUUGCUAUGGCAUAUUUAGAAAAUAAUGAUUUAAAAACAGCAAAAAAUAUAAUAAAGAAUGAUUGUGCUGAACUCUAUGAGGAAAAUGUUUUUUAUUUUGCCGAAAGUUACUAUCAGAAUGGUCAAAUUGAUUAUUUAGAAAGGCUAUUUGAGAUCUUGAACACUUUGAAAUUCGAUGUAGAAAGAUUAUGUGUUUUAUUGUUAAAAAGUUAUAGUUUGCAGAAAGAAUGGAAAAAAGGAUAUAAUUUAUGGAUGAGGAUGCAAAAAGAUGACAUUAAACCUUCAAGUAGGUUCGUAAACUGUCUCAAUUUGAUAAUGAAGGAAAAAAAUCAACUAGGAAAUGAUUCAUUCCAAAAAUUUAACAUUGCCAUCCGUAAUAGCGAUUAUGAAGCAGCAAAAGAAUGCCUUAACAGUUUACCGUUAGUAUACAAAAGUGACUGCUACUCUUUAUUGUGUAGAAAGUACAAUGCCAGAAAUAACAUUGCACAAGUGCUGGAAUUGUGGCAAGAAUUGCAUAAAAAAUGGCAUUUAGAGCUCGAUUUAAAUGUAUCGGAAUAUAUUUUAUUUAAACUUAUAAAGGAGAAAGAUAUAAGCAGCAUUGAAAAUAUUGGAUCAUUUUUGUCUGCAACGUAUAAAAGACAGGUAAAGUACAAUUACUAUUUAAGCCAAGCGUAUUUACAAACUGGUUCAUGGAAUAUUUAUUUGAGAAAAUUGGAAACCCAACUUGCAAGUGGAUCAGUAACAUGGCUAUCUCUAGAUUUUCACAAUAAAACAGUUGUUUACAGCUUAAUCAAGUACCCAGAAUUAACUCAGCAAUUUGAAAGUUUAGCUUUCAAGUUUACUGAAAAACGAAUCUUGGCACCUGUCCAAGCACUUUGGAUUUAUUAUUUCUUACAAAACAAUACAAAAGCUGAUGAAGUUUGGAUGAAGUAUAUAAAAAGUGGAUCAUCACAUUAUUGGUUAGAUGUACUUGAUUUUUCACAAUUGAAAAAUAAUGCCGAUGCUUAUUUAAAAAUAGCUGACCUUUUAAGAGAAAGUAGUAUCAGAAGAAACAUGAAAUUUUCUACUUAUUCAAGAAUAAUAAGAGAGUGUAUGAAUUUAGAUAAUCCAAAGAAAUGUGAAUAUGGCUUAAGGUGUCUAAAGAGUGCAAUGCAACAGUUUUCCAUGGAAGAAUUUGAUGUUAAUUUACUUGCUGAGCUUCAAACAGGCCUAGAAAAUUCUGGAAUUCCAUGGCCAUGGACUGCCAAACUAGAUAAUAUGGACGACGAAAUCAGGAAAAAGAUUAUAAAAAAUCUUUUUUUAUAAAUUUUCUAGUCAUAUUUCUAUCUGCUCGUGAAGUUAUUUGUACAUAUAUAAAUACAUAAUUAUAGUAAUAAAAAUGAAUUGAUGAUUUUUAA